CGGGGGUUCCGAGAGGUCCGGCCGGUCCGGCCGGCCCUGCCCCGGACAGCGGCGGCGGCGGUAGCGCCGGGGUGAGUCACUGCUUGGAAAUGGAGUGGGCGGGCGUGCGCGUAGCAGAAUGAAUGAUGUCAGGGAGCACCGCGGCGAGCGUGAGGCUCGCGGCAAACACGGCGGCGGCCGCAGCUCCGAACGAGCGCUGCCCCUGGCGCCCCCCGGCCCGGAGCCGCCCUCCAGCGGGAGAGCCCUUCCAGCUGCGGCACUGCUGAGGCAGGAAACCUCUGCGAGAAGUGUCGCCUCCGCCGACGCCCUUAAAGCCGGUCCCUUUCGCCAGGAAGGAGAAGAGGCUGAGGCUGGGAGAGGAGCAAAUUGCAGGGGAAGAUAGAGAUUGUGGCAAACUUUCUAGCUGCUUCUGCCUGCUGCUACCUCACUGGUGGGAGUGUCUGGCCAUAAGGAACUGCAAAGCCCAAACCUCAGAGCCCUGAGGCUCCAAAAAAGACUUUCUUUGGAGGGGGAACUGCCAGCGGUGCAAGCUUUUGCAUGUACAGCUGAGUAGAUGAUUCAGCUCUAGAAGAAAGAUUUGUCUUCACAAAUUCCUUUGAAAGCACAAUGGACGCAUUUUAGUGUUCUACAGAAGUCAUCUAGGAGCAAGAACAUUGGACUUUGAGGAAGAACAAAGUUCAGAGAGCCCGGAAAUUGGUCACUAACAAACACACUUUGGCCAUACAGCUUGGAAAUGAAUACCAUUGAGACAGCAAAGCUUGAAGAGCAUAUGGAGGGUCAACCAAAUGACACUUCUACUGGCUACUCACGACCUACUCUCUCAGUCAGUGAAGAGAACAAAAAUGGCACUAGCAAACCAAAGGGCUUGUCUAAUGGCUUGCGAAAAACAGCAAAGAAGUAUCCUGAUUACAUCCAGAUUGCUAUGCCUGCUGAAUCUAGGAACAAAUUUCCUCUGGAAUGGUGGAAAACAGGCAUUGCCUUUGUCUAUGCUCUCUUCAACUUGAUUUUAACAACUGUCAUGAUCACUGUGGUCCAUGAGAGAGUACCUCCAAAGGAGCUAAGCCCUCCCUUACCUGACAAAUUUUUUGAUUACAUUGAUCGUGUGAAAUGGGCUUUUUCUGUAUCAGAAAUAAAUGGAAUGAUACUACUUGGCUUAUGGAUAUUCCAGUGGUUGUUUCUUAGAUACAAAUCAAUAGUGGGACGCAGGUUCUUUUUUAUAAUAGGAACUUUGUAUCUGUACCGCUGUAUUACCAUGUACGUUACCACCUUACCUGUGCCUGGAAUGCAUUUUCAGUGUGCGCCUAAGUUGAAUGGAGACUCUCAGGCAAAGGUUCAGAGAAUCCUGCGACUGAUUUCUGGUGGUGGUCUAUCCAUAACUGGAUCACACAUCCUGUGUGGAGACUUCCUGUUUAGUGGACACACUGUAGUACUAACGCUGGUCUAUCUGUUCAUCAAAGAGUAUUCACCACGUCAUUUUUGGUGGUAUCACUUAAUUUGCUGGCUAAUGAGUGCUGCUGGCAUCAUUUGUAUCCUGGUUGCUCAUGAACACUAUACCGUAGAUGUCAUCAUUGCCUACUAUAUCACCACGCGGCUCUUCUGGUGGUACCACUCAAUGGCUAAUGAAAAGACUUUAAAGGUAUCUUCGCAGACGAAUUUUCUCUCUCGAGCAUGGUGGUAUCCAAUAUUUUAUUUCUUUGAGAAGAAUGUGCAAGGCUCUGUUCCUUGCAGUUUUUCCUGGCCAAUAUCUUGGCCUCCCAGCUGCUUCAAAUCUUCAUGUAAAAAGUAUUCACGGGUUCAGAAGACAGGAGAGGACAAUGAAAAAUCUACCUGAAGAAAAGAAGGAAAGCAUCUGCUCUGGUUUUUUCGGUUUUGAUUUUUCUUUUUUUUUUUUUUUUUUUUUACCAAAACAUCAAUGCUGUAACCAAAGUUCUUAAGAGGACUGUAACUGAAGAAGUGGACCAAGCUUCUGUGCAAUUGAUUGGAAAGACAAUUGUAGAUUCAUAUAUUGCUAUUUCAGAUGUUUUCCUCUCAUGAGGCUGUACAGACCUAUUCUACUCUUCAGUGCUAAUGAAAUGCACCACUGAUGGGAUUUUUUUAUUAAAGAAAAAAUGGAGCAGGACUUUGCUUUAUUAAUGAGAUAGAGGUGCCAAAGACCACAGUAACAUUUCCAUUACUAACUCUCACUCAUCCACAGAAGCACCCAAAAGUCUCGUCUUCAGAGCUCUGGAGUGCGUAAGGGCAAAAACAUCCUAAAAUGUAAAAGCACGAUACUGGUGUAUUGAGGUGUAUAAAAAAAAUAACACAAUUGUGGGAAGUGGUUUGUUGCGUUAUUCUUGCUAAUGAAGGUAAGGCCUUUGUGACUGGUACAGCUGGAAGCGAGUCUGACUUUUUUAUACACUGUGGGUUUGGAUAUCUUAUGACUCUAAAAUACUACUUACCACCAUUAACUCCCAUGUAUUCUACUACAUACCAAUUUUUACAUUUUUAUUAGUAAUUUUAUAUUUAAACAGUUGUGCUACUUGAUGAAUUUGCAAAUUAGAAAUAGCUGCUAACAUCAGAGUUCAAGGAGCCUAGAAUUUUAUUUUUAAUAAGGGACACAGUUUCAAUGUCAAUCUUGAAUUGCAGCUGGCCUUGUGUAUAUAGCUAUAUAGUGCCUGUCAGUGUAUAUAGAUGCAUAUAUACACAAAAGCACACACCUUAAACAAAAUUAUUUACUGGGAAUAGUGAUCAUAAAGUUCUUGAUGCAGGCAAAAGUUCUACAGCUCUCACCUGCUUGAGGAAUGCGAGGCCAGGUCCAAAAUGAGGCUACAUUUAAAAUAAACAUUUUAAUUUUAGUAGCAAUCUUUUGCUGAAGCUAUGUAGCAGGCUUGCUUGGGAGCCAUAGUUCUUCAUUGAAUUUCUUUUUUUUUUCUUUUACCUCUGGACACAUGUUUCUGUGACUUACUUUGAAAAAGACAACCAAACAAAAAAGCUAAGGUUGAAAUACCUACAACAGCAGCAUUUCUUCAAUUGCAACCUAAAAUAAUUUCAUAUUAAAUGACACUGUGGUAGAACUCACAUGUAGAUUCCCUUUUUUACCCAGGGCUUCAGUCCAGCUAAAAUGGCUAUUUAAACAAGUUGGCUGAGAAUGUGGGAUAUUACCAUGGGGUAAACAUGUAACAAAACCAUAGAUUAACAGCUACCUGUUUCUUGUUGGUUUGUUUUUUGUAUUGUUGUGAAAGCAAAGUAGAAAAUUAGCACACCAUGUUUAGCUAUUAAUAUUCUGUAUUAAUUUCUGCAGUUAAUACUAUUUUCAGAUGAUCAGUAAAACCUAAUGAAAAGAUAAAACUGCAUUAAGUGUUGAGGUGAUACUAAUAUAAAGGAAAUGCUGCGUAUUUUAAGAAUGUCUUGAACUGAGUGACAAGUGUGAACGCAAUUUAAAUAAUGACAAGUUGUUUUUUAAAAUUAAAUACAGAGUACUCAAAUAUAAUCUUUCUUCAGUUAAGGGGAUCAUUGCUCUGAGUUGUACAUGAGAAUAUUUUUGAUGUGCGUUUCAAAUAUUUUUGUGCAUUAUCAAAAUAAUACAAUAAAAAAUGUUCCUUUCAGUACAUCCUUGGAAAAACUUAGCUAAGAAAGAAAUUCUGCUAAUGUUUGGUUUUGUUACUUAAAAUAAGCUUAGUAGACUCUGAUAAUGUGCCCCUGAAGUUGUGUGUUUAUGGGCAUAUCUGUGCUUUCAUUUGCUUGCUUCUAGCAGACCUUGAACAGCUAAAAAGCCAGUAUCAAAACAUUUUUGAAUCCUUAAUCAUAUAAAUUAAUCUGUUCAACACCAGUCAGUAAAUCUUGCAAGAUACUUGUUAUAUCAGUACUACUUCAUAGAUCAUAAUUUUUUAAGCUAAAACCUAAGCUUUGAGAUACCUUAAAUAUGGCCAUGUUAAGCCACUUGUAGUAAUACUAUCUUUUAGGAGUUAUGAAUGAAUUUCAUUAGUGGUCACCGUGCCUUGAAAAUCACAUGAUGAAAAGCAUUACCUAAGGAGCUUAAGCAGUGGUUUUCAUCUGGUGGCUGAAAAACAAACAUUUUGAUAGCCUAGAUAUCUAAUUAUCUGCAUAACCACCACCGUGUCUCAGUGGGAUUUCUAUAAUAGAUCUGCAAAGCAGGCUUUCCUCAUUCAGGAUGAGGUGUUUGGGGUUUUUUACAUUUAUUCCUGUUUCUGAAAGAAAAAAAUGUGGAAGUGAUGAAAUAGAACUAAGUAAAGUCUCUGCUUUUGUUGGGCUGUGUAAGCUUUCAUUCUGCUGCUGAAUUUGAUAGAGAUUCCCAUUGUAAUACAAAAGGAAAGUUUAAGUAGCAGCUCUAGCUCAAAAUACUUGAUUCCUCUUCUGGCUCAGUCCUCCCUUAACUGCUUAAUAUUUAUCCAUUGUAUGAAAGCUCUCAAAGGGGUGUGUGUGUUUAAUUAGCAGAAAGCCCCAAUUCUCUAUGCUCUCAAUAGCUUUUAAUUGCUUUUACAAACUUGGAUGGUAUAGCUGUAUUUGAAGACUCUUUAGACCUAUAUGUAAGGUGAUAAAAUGGGUAAGUAAUGGUAUAUUCUAGUUCUUACUGUUCUAGUAGUUUAUCCAAUACAAACCAAAACUGCUACAUAAAACUUACUAAUUUAAAGAUCUUGGUGAUCAUUGUAUACAAAUACCAUGAAGCUUAUAGUUUCAUCCUAAGAGGCAAAAGAUUGCAGUAGGUAAAAAGGAGAAACUUGGACUUUUGCUUAGGCUUACAGUCAAGAGAUCAGUAUAUUAUUUGGUCUGUAUAUGCCCAAUUUUUUGCAGUAUGUCACUAAUUAUUUCUUCCUAGUUACAGUAAUAUUUCUUACAGAUGUCACAUGAGCUGCCCCUUUACUGUGACUAUAAUGUGCUCCUCUCUACUGAAGAGCAUGCACAUGUUGAACUUUACAGACACUUAAAAAAAGCACUACACUUGUACACCUGACCUAUCAGUAUGACUUAAAUGGUGAUGGGCUUUCUUAAAAUGGCUAAUGUACAUUUAAAUCUGGAUUUAAAAAUGUUAAUUUGAGCAUUUAAAGAAGGGUGCUGCUAAGUGGUCAUGCUACAGAUGCCUACUUCUAAUGCCAGAAAUGAUGAAUGUUUACUUGAAAGCACAGUAAAUGGACACUUUUUUUGGUACGUCCUUAGCACUCCCAUGUGGAUGUAAAUGGUACUAAAUGUUAGUCAUCUUUCAUUGCUUUCUUCUUGGAAAGAUCGCCACAGGUGGGGUAGUAGCAAAAAUAACUGUGCUGAACAUUGCUAUGAACUCUACUACUGUAUUUGCUGCCCUCCUCAAAAAAACAGUUGGGAGAGAAGGAAACUAAAAAAAAAAAAUACUUAUGUUAAAACACAUUACCUUCAUGUAAUAGAGAAAUAAAGCUCAGCAACAGAGACAGAACUGGAAAGUCUUUUACAGAGAUGAGAGACCUUUCUCUUAAUUGGAUUAUUGCAAAUCCAUUUACCAGGCUCUUAAAUUGGAAUCUGUUCAAUCUCUGGCUUUCUCCUAUCAGUAGCCUCUGGCUAGACAGUUUAUCCUAAAUUGUUUGGUAUUAACCCAAAUUUUUCUUGUUGCAGUAGAUGUGAAGUAUGAUUUACUGUUCUAGAAACAGAUCCAUUAACUUCAGUGCAAGGUGAAGUCUUUCCAUUAACUUUAAAUGAAUUUUCCCAUUGCUCUGUGUUGGUUUUUUUUGUUUGUUAGUGGGGUUUUGGAGGUUUUUUUUUGUUUUGUUUUGGGGUUGUUUUCUUUUUUUUAACUCAUAAACCUUGAAUCUUAAAGAUUCCUGGGGUAAUUUUGAAAAUGGGUCCAAGCUGUCAGAUGAACUGGAACCAUUUUUCCUUACUGGCAGAUCUAAUAGUUAUAAACCUCCAUUCUCAUCGUGAUACUUUUACAAUAUACAUGUUUUGGAUUUACCUAGAACUCUUAUAUGGGCACACAAAAUUAGAGUGAUACUAUAAGAUUGAACACUUCUGUAUUGAAGUGUUCUAUUCCAGGCAUUGUAAAAUCAAUAUCUUAAAUUCAGUUACUGAGAAGAGGGAUCUUAAAAGUAAAUAUUCCUGUUAGGCAUCAUUCAAAUGAAUUUUGCUGCUUAAGUACUCAUGAGAAAAAUAUCCUACCAUGCCAGUGAAGUAACUUUGCUUAUAAGUAAGCCUGCAUGUGCUACUUUAUGAUGCUUCUUAGAAUCCAAAGAGAAAUGCUGUGAAACAGAAUGGAGACAAAGGCUCUUGUUCUAGUAUUUAUAAGGAAAAAGAAGGAAGAUGAAAACACUGAAAUAGAUGAUUUUACAUAAAAUUGAGCUAAAGCUACACCUAACUUCUAAGAAAUGUAGAAUUGAGUUGUUUGUGUAACAGUUCUUCAGAGAAAACCCCAGACUUACAAGGAAGCAGCAGUAUUAAGCACGUCAUUCAACAGUACAGCUGUGUAUCUGUGCUGGUUCUCAUCCAUAACUUACAAUAUAAAAACAAAACCCAGCUCAGUGAGAGGUGCUUGGGGAUUAAAGUACUUAAAUAUUAUUAGCAGUUUUUUGUAAGUUGUUACUUCAAGCUGUCACUAAUAGUUUCUAAAACAGUAACAAAGUGCUGCAAUGCUUAAAACAUACUGAAGCUUUUUUUCUAACUGGCUUAAGUUUCCAUGGAUUUAACCAUAUGUUUAAAUCUUAUUAACCUAGAAAGUAGCAUGUAAGAAUGUCAGGCUAGAUACAGGUAGCUUAUGUAUUGCAUAUUUCAGUUCUGAACUCAUCUUUCCUAGCAAAACACUCAAUGCCUGAAUGAUGUUUAAAUAUGAAGUAACGAUACUGUGCGGUCUGUGUGUCUGAAAUACUGGUGUUGAGGAUUCCUUCUCUUCUAUUGUAAAUCAGGGAUUAAAAACUCAGAGAGGUUUGACUUGUUUUCAGUGAAAAUGUUUUAAUUGCAAAGGACUUGGAGUUUAGCCAAUAGGUAGCAGUUUGUUUUCUGUGGCUCUUGGCUGUGUACAAACCUUUAAGAUGCAAACUAGGUGGAAGGAGAGGGCAGACCACUUCUUACUGGGAGGAGCAGUGUGUGGCUUUUUGAAUUAUUAUAUUGGCUGCAUCCUACAUGCAGUCUUAUCUGUAUUAUAGUUGAAAGAAGAUGCUGUAUUAUGCUAUUAUAGUUAAUGUUUGCACUUUUUCAAAUGAUUAUGUAGUUGUUGACCCAGUCCUUCUGCUAGAUGAAGAGUGAAUGUUUUUGUCCUUUACUUGCUGUCUGUAUGGUUAAACAUAACUGGUUUUAGUUCUGGUAAAUGUCAAUGGGAAAAAUGCAGAUCCCUUGGAUACAGUACCUAAGGUGUCUGUGCAUGGGUUUCUUCUAGGAGAAAUACUCUUCUUUCAAGCUGUGCCUAAAUAAUAUUAAUGUCAGCUCUUGCAUUUUCUCUCAGCAUAAUAUGGUCUUUAGGAGGUUAGCAUUUGUGACACUGCAAAGAAUUACUGAAGAAAAAUCUCCUUUGUGCCAAUUGAGAUCAAUUUUCACAAAGCAUCUUUGCUGAAAUAUGUUUGAAGAUGACUGGGGGGAAGGGGGGGUGGUUGCUUUUUAAUUAAGAGAAAAGGUGGUCAGAAAUGAGUCUGAAAUAAAAGCAUCUCAAACAGUUGGGGUCCAGGCAUGAUGCAGGCACAUGUGUGUGGAGAGGGGUCUCUGUGGCAUAAGCAAUACUGGAUUCAGUACACAGUGGCUUCUCGAGGAAGGCAAACCACAUUGUACUUGUACAGUACAGACAGCUGUAAGCCAUCUUUACCUGUCCUUUUGAGCUUCUUUCAGACUGACAGCACAGUACUAAAGGUGGCAAUACCUAAAAUGUGAAGGUCACUUACAAACCAAAAUUAUAAACGGGGCUGAAAAGGCAGAUCUCUGUAAAAUCAGUCAUCAGAGAGGUGCCUUCUAAUUCAACAGAACAUACAAUUGGGUGUUACUUCGAGUGAGAGUCACAUUUAAGAUGAGUGGGCCUGUUUGCUUUCUAAAUUAUUUUUUUCAUUGAAGAUGGCUGGAGCGCUGAGAAUAUCAAGAGGAGAUUUAUCUCUGCUUACUUUCACCUCUACCAUUGAAGUCUUUGUGUGUAAGCCUUAAGCAAUACUGUUAAACUCCAACCCCUCUUACAUUUUGAGGAACUUAGCAGUGUUUUGUUACUUCUGUAAAACUGGGUUGGCAUUCCACUUUUUUUACAGUUUGUUGCUAUUCAAAAUGCUGCUUAUGCUGAAGCCUGUGCUGCUUUGGACUCCUGUCUAACUACGCCUGCUAAUUGUCUUUUCUAAAUGGCUCAGUACGGGAAGAGUAGGAUUAACAUUUGAAAAGGCCUCAUAAUUAACCCUAAAGCCGAAAGGCAUUCUUGUCAGACACAUCUUUGCACAAUUUGUACUUGAAAAUAAUUUCUAGUUUCAGAACCUAACAUGCUAGGACAUACAUUUUUUUCCCCUCAGGAAUCAAUUCUUGCUCCUAGUUUCAGAACCUAACAUGCUAGGACAUACAUUUUUUCCCCUCAGGAAUCAAUUCUUGCUCCUUAAACGUUUAGCACAUUUUCAUUUGUGUUUAUUUUUGUGAUUCAGGAGAACAUGUGUGAGAUGUGAAAAAGGUUCUGCUAGGUUUUUAGGUUAGAGUUUGUACCAAGGAACGUGAAAGUAAAAGCAGAAAUAAUAGUUUGAUGGCUGUGGUUCUUGUGCUUUCCAUAGGACUUUGAGAACUCUCAAGACUUCCCCAAAAACAGCACAAGACCUCACUUUGGCUGCAACAUGGUUUCAUCCUUAUCAGCUGACAGCUUUUCUUGCAUGACUUCUCCUAGGUUGGAUCCUGUGUAUCCAUAGCUCUGUAUGUCAGUUGGAGUUGUAUAUUCAACUGGGGAAGAACUAGGCAAGAAAGGGUGUUGGCUGCUGAGGAACCCUACAUGGUAAUAUAAGAACGCUGUAAUGCAUGCAUGAUGAGAAGCUGGUAAGAUGGCAUUGUUCUGUAGCUUUAGGAUCCAGUUCUGCAAACACUGUGCAGCAGACUACAAUAACAAAUUGAGAGACCUUCGGUGCUGUAGUUUCUGCUGAUCUUUGCAAACUGCAAAUUUCAUAUGAAUUGUUAACAAUUAGCAAGAGUUGGCUUUCAUGUUGUAAAACUUCCAGGAUGACACUUUAUAGCUGAUACUUUGUUAGAUAACUGAGUGUUAUGGUGUGCUGUAUACGUGCAAGAGAUACUAGAGCUAGGCUGUGAUUUGUGUUGCAAUCUGUUCACUGUGUUAAACCCAAACCAAAACCAGCUAUUGCACUAGCUGUACUUUAAAAAAAGCAAUAACGGGAGCAUCUUGUAGCUUUUCUCUUCAAAGGUGCUGUCUGUCAUGAUCACUUCACUGUUGACUGUGAAUUUGGUAAAAACAUGUUAAAGAAAUUGUCCUACGUAGUUUACUUGGCACAUACAAGUUGAAAUUUUUUAUGGUCAGCCUGUGUACUAAUGAAUACAGUUGGACUAUUUACAUGACCACCCAGAUCUUUAAAAAUCAAAAACCUUCUAUCCAUUUAUGGUGCUAAUAAUCUCAGAUACUGUUAAGAGCUGGUAUUCUCUUAUUACACAUGAACACUAAGGAAAGCUGUUAUGACACCUUUUCAAUAAAGCUAAAUUUCUCUACAUUUUAAGCCUGUUCCAAAUGCUUUUUAUAUAAAUACAACCCUUUUCUAUUUCUGUUUUAUAUAAAAACUGCAAAAAACGGUAUUUUAAUGCAGGAAAACAUUAGGAGUGUAUAGUAUUCUAAAUUACAUGUCCAAUUCUAAGUUUUCAUACACUUUAGGAUAGCUAAUCUUCUGAAACUCAGUCUAAAAUGUAAGAAUUGUGCUAGGUGGGAUUAAGGGACAGGCUAGUUUAAAGAAAAUCAUUCUCUGGCUUCAUCACUGUUGAAGGCUUGUAGAAUGAGGAAAGGAUGUGAAAUGGACAAAGCUGUAUUAGGAGGACAUUGAUUAUGCAGUGUAGAUGCUGACACUUAAAAAAACUCAAACAACUUGUGAUGAACAUGACCAUGUAACUGUAUCUAAAGAACAGAAGUGAAAACAUAAUUCUCAAGGCAGUUCAUAGUAGGACAUGAUAAAAACACAUGAAAGAACCUUAAACUAGACUGUUUAUAUUGUGAAAGAGCAAAGUAACUUUCUAGCUUUGUUUGAAAGCUUCACAUGCAACUUUUUCUUAAGAUGAAAAACUAUCUUGUGCCUUCUGUUGCAGAAGCUAUUGUUGCCUUCCCUCCUGUCUUUGGUUAUGAUUUUAUUGUAGAUAAUGAAAGACAGUGCACUUCCAGAUCUUGCAGAGAGGCAUUUUUGGGACUUCCUAUCCACAGAGAAUACCGAGCCUUUAGUUCUUGUUAAAGGCCCCUUCCUUCCCAGCUUGCAGUUGUGAAAGUAUCUGCCUGUGACAGGUAUGGCAAUCCUGCUGUAGCUGGCUCUUAAAUGAGCAUGAUGCCCUUAAUUCAUCCAGACACGUGAAUGUGUGGAGCGGGUGCCAUGUCCAGGUACACUGGUGACACUGCAACACACUUGUCUGCUCUGAAGUGGUUGCACCCUGAGUCUUUGGUCACUAAGCUGCUGUCCUUCAUAUGCUAGAAUAAAUUCUCUUCAAUCACUUGCACCUAGUACUUCAAGAAAUAAACGGGCUUCUCUAAGAUCUAUUUGAUGGAACCUGUGUGUCAGUGCAAAGAAUAUUCCAUGUUUAGAGUAACUUAGUUAAAGGCAGAAACAAGCCCACCAUCUAGGAUAAAACCAGGGCUGGGUGGGGUUUUUGAGUGAAGGUGGAUAGUCUAGUAACAAUAGUCUGGAUUGUCUUCCUACUUGUCUCAGUGCCUGCUUUAAGAGUAGGACACUUGGAAAAGCCAAAGAUUGAACAAAGUCAUCCAUAGUAGUCCUAAGCCACAUUGAAAUAUAACUUUCCUAUCUUGAUUACUAGAUGCUUCAGAGAAAAUGGACUGUAUUUUUUUUCAUUUACAAAAAAAGUGCAAUAUUUAUGGAAAUACUGAGGCAAAUGGCUGCAUGUUUCCAUGCCCUGCAAAAACAAAACCUUUGCAAGCAUGUGACAUGCACUUGACCAAAAGUAGGUUUUUUUAGCUUUAGUAUCUGCUGUGUUACAGAAACAUGUUUCAGUACACUAGUGUAACUCAGAAAUUUCAGCUAUUUUCAAUGUGCUUUUGACAAGAAGAGUGUUUUUUAUGAAUGAAGUGCCUGUGGAAAUAAAACUCCAAAAGUUGCCUGCAAGCUCAAAUAAAGCAUAUAAAACCACAGCCCGUACUUGAAGAGAAUGGGUGCUAAGUCAGCAGCUGCAGAGAACAGCUAGUCAACAGUCCUAAGCAUUGACAGGAUUCAAAGACUAAGAUAAAUUUUGAGAGAAGAAUAUUAUGUUGCUUUCAAGAGUUUACUGUGUUCAUUAAACUUCCAAUGCUUCUGCUUGGGCCUUAACUCUGUAACUUGGCUAUCUUUAAAGAAAAAUUAGUUCCUUUGAACUGUUCUAUUUUUAUGCUUAUUUUUAUGCCAGUCUCUUCUCUGGUGGGGAUUUUUGUUUGCUUGUUACAUAGAGUUGGUUUUUGACCUGUUAAAAGUGGAGUACCCAAAUGCUUUGAUUCCUCAGUUUGGGACAAUAGUUUUUUGUUAAGUGCAGAAUUAAAGGGAGUGUGCAUUUUAUUACACUGAUGCUAGGACUGAGGAGGAAUAAUUUCCAUGGAAAGCACUGUAGUGCUAAAACUUGUAUAUGUUGUUUUUUGGGGUAUGCAGAAUAUUAGUAAAGUACUUGGAUAUAUUUUGCUGUUAAUUUCAUGCUUUAAAAAGAGGCUAUUUGGUUAUAAUUUAAAUUGGAGAAACUGAUUUUAAUGUUGCAACAACUAUUAUUUUAAUUUGAAACAUCCACUUAUGUACUGGUAUCUUAGAGCAAAAGUUGCAUUUUAUCACAUUAAUUUCGAUAAAAUUUUUUAAUUAAUCUCAUUUUAUGUGGAAUUUAAUCUCUGGACACCCUAGAAUUGGCUAUAUGCCACUGAAACCAAUAUUUCAACUGCAUACAUAGGGAAGGAAGGCAUUUUUUUAAUCUAGUUCUUGACUAGACUGAGAAGGAAGUGAGGCUAAAUUACUCUUGUACAAAGAAAACAGGCAAAAACAGUAAUGUGUUUCAGCUGUGCUGAAUAGUUUAGCUUCUUAUUUUCACACUACAGAAUUUAAUUUUUUUUUGAGACUCAGAUUUAAAAUGUCUUUAGUUCAGCUAAAUUUUCACCUGGUUUUAUAUAUUUUUUCUAAUAGAUGCAUUUUAUUGGUGCACAUUGUAAUUAACCACUGAAUUUCUGCCAAAUAUGGACAAAAUAAAAGCUGGAUUCUGUUCUGCCAGUUUAAAUCUGUUCUUAGUUUUUCUCUUUUGUUUAAUUCAUGGCUGAGAAAAUGUCUAUUUGCUGUUUAGAUUAAAGAGACAGUUGCCUUAAUUGCUUAGAGGAAAACUGACCGUGACCAUUUGAAGCUUUAUGUAUUUCUGAAAUUGCUGUAACUUCUGUAUAAUUGCAAUAAAACGUUUUUAAUACAGUUCAGCCACUA